UGGCGCAUUGGUCGCAGAUACCCCCUACACUACUAUGCUAUGUAAAAGUGUUGCAAUAUGCACUUAUCCAGAUGGGAGAGCAAAAUCAAUGCAGUUAUGACGCAUAAGAGCUGGCUAAAAGCAAUCCAUUGCCCUGAACAAGAAUUUCUGGGCCUCCAAGAACGCGACACAUAUUUCGUCUCUUUCAUCGAGCGCCGCGUUCACCUGUCCCUUUUGAUCAUCUCAAGUCCUAGCGUGUUCCAUAAUAUGCGAGUGCGCACAUCGACUUUUGGAAUAUUCUUGUCUUGAAAAUCUCUACCACCUCUACCACCGCCAAUAUCGAGUUCUUCGCAUAGAGAAUGACAGACAAGCUUCCACCUAACCUCCUCGCGCUGUUCGCGCCGCGGCCUCCAUUACGAUGGCUGGCUGCGCCCGACCACGCCCCCGAAGAACGAAAGACGACCAAGAUCACCGGCCUCGCUGAUUACCUCCCCCACCUCGCCGCAUACAAGGAGAACGACGGCUACCUUCCUACGGAGAGCUGGCUGCAGGCCCGUGAUCGUAAAAAGUUGGAGAAGAAGGAGAAACAGGAGAAACUGCUCUCAGACGGCCCCCACAACUAUAAUCCCGCCGAAGACGCAAAUGUUCGCGGUGACCCCUUUAAGACGCUGAUUGUUGCGCGACUAAGCUAUGAUGCGAACGAAAGUGACCUUGAGAAGGAAUUUGGCCGAUUUGGCCCUAUUGAGCGCAUCCGCAUCAUCACAGAUACCCACGCACACGAGCGGCCAAACAAGAAGAAAAAGCCCCACCGAGGAUAUGCUUUUGUUGUAUUUGAUCGUGAGAAAGACAUGAGAGCUGCUUUAGAUGGUUGUGAUGGUAUUCGUAUCAAAGAUCGCCGGAUCAAGGUAGAUGUGGAAAGAGGCCGAACAGUUAAGGGAUGGAAGCCAAGGCGUCUUGGUGGCGGCCUUGGUGGCCGAGGUUAUACCAAGGCAGCACCACCUCGACCGAGUGGCCCCGGUGGCUUCGGUGGUGGUUUUGGAGGACGCGACGGUUUCCGAGGUGGAUUCCCUGGAGCCCGUGGUCGUGGAGGAGGUUUCCGCGGUCAAGACCGAGGCUUUAGGGGCGGUGGUGGCUUUGGUGGUGGCGGCCGUGACCGUGGCUUUGGCCAACAGAACGGGUAUGCUCCUCCCAACGCCCCAGCUGGGCCGGGAUCUGAUAAUCGGUUUGGGGGUGAUCGUGAACGUGAUCGAGACCGCAGUGACCGUGGUGACCGCGUCGGCGGUGGUGGGUAUAACGCACGCGCUGGUCCCCGCUCAUAUGAUGACAGAUCUGGUGGACCCCCGUCGCGAUACGACCGAGACAGGCGAACCGGCGCCAACUUCGAGCCUGUCCGCGACCGACGCGAGUAUCGUGACAGCGACCGCUCUAGAGAUGAUGACAACCGGAAACGUGGGUACGAAGGCGGCUAUGAGGACCCCCGAAAGCUUCGUCGUUACUAGGAUCUCAAGGGUUUCUAGGUCUCUUACUAGGUUGCCUCUUAUCGAGACAUCAAUAUGCUGUCUUGGUGGGUAUGUGCUAUCUUCCCGUUUCCCGCAAUUGCUAUUCCGACUUUCCAUUCUUCUCCCCUACCUUUUGUCACCAAGGGUAAGCAAGGGUAAGAUGAAGAAAGAAGAAUGAAAACAAUCUAUCCGACAGCAGAUCGACAUCAAGCCUAGCCUCUUUGUAUCAUUAUAAUACCCCAACCCUCAAGGUAAAGACGAUGGGGCUUGCUCAAGAAGCGGUCUGUUCUGAAUCGGCUACCUACGUCCACGACUCAAUAACAGCAGGGCCAUUAGCAUCCAGCAUAAUCCCGGCAAGCCAGAGAGCUUGUUUUCUUCCCAUCCCCGUGCAGGAAAGGUAAUGACAGUUCUCAUGUAUUAUAAAAAGGUUUUUCAUGUGGUACUCACACAUAGUUCAGCACACUGAAUUUAACGCUCAUAUGCCUACUACACUGCUUUGAAUUGUACGUAUAUGUAGUAUUCGAUUACUGUUGGCCCUGUUUGUAAUCUUAGUCUUCGUGC